UCCAACGUAAGCGUGCAUCGAAGUAAACAAAAUUUGAUCAUUCUUUUUUUUUUAAUUACAUCCAUUCCCAAAACAACUCAAGUUACUGAAAUAACGAUACGAGUGAUUGUCUGUACAAACUUUCUAAGAAAUUAUUUCAAAAUGCAAGUUACCACUGUCUCCAACAAUUUUAAUUUAGAAGAUGUUGAUGCAGUCACUAUGCCAGCUACCCAUCCUUCUGCUUAUUGUCGACUGUGCUUUUCUAUUACAAAUCUGGGGCCUAUUUUCGGUAAUAAUGCGAUGGCCUCUUACAAAGUAGUAGAACUUAUAAAACAACUUACUACUAUUGAAUUACACCCACAAGGCGACGCUAUGAGCGCAAUCUGUAGACCAUGUUCCGAUAAACUAGACGAGUUUGGUAAUUUCCGAAACCAAUGCCUCAUUUUUGAUGAGGUUAUAUCACGUCAUACGAAACAAUUACUUCGCCAUGAUUUGGACACUAAUGAUACGCCAUUUGUAUUGUCGCUUUCAACUGAAGUACAACCUCAAUAUCAACUGGCGAUUGGUAAUGUGACGUCUCUAGCAGCAUCCGCAGAAGACACUCGUGGGUUUGAAAUAGUGGAGUUGACCGACACGGCGGAGGAAAACAACUACAACGAUUUGACUCUAGAUAACUAUAACGAAUACGAGCAAGGUACUGAAAAUAUACCACAGCUAGAAAUGGAAUCGUCCUUCGAACCCAACAAUGAUAAUCGUGCUGUGUAUGAAUAUGAAAAUUACACUUUCGACGGAAAAUUGUAUUGGAAAUGUACGCAAUGCGACGCGUUAAUGAUCCACAAGAAUAGUGUCACCCGGCACAUAAGCAAGAUUCAUAUUCCUGGUGCAGAAUUUCCACGCAUGAAGUGCGUAGAGACAGAUUGUAAUGCCACUUUCGUGGAAAUUGGCGGUCUCAAACGUCACGUCAAACUGGUUCACGGAAGGGAUAUAAGAGCUAUGAACAGAGUGCUUUGAAAAGAAAUGUCAAAUAAUGGGAUCCACGAUAACGCUCUAGAUUUCGGAAUGUGUCGUAAAAACCGGACAUAAUUUUUGUAAAGCCCAUUUGUUUAAAAGUUAAGCUUAUACCAAAAAAAACAUGUGUGCAUCGCAUAUGGCAUUCCUAAAAAAAUUUUAGUGCAUUGGAGUCUUCUAUGUAUAACAAAAAAGUAAUUUAUGGAAUGUGUCUGAUUUGAAGAAAAUGAAUAAAUAAAUUUGAAUAGGUCUAUCUUGACAGUAAUAGACAGUUGAGACAGUUGAUCACGGGAACAGGUGCUGAACAAAACGUAAGGUGCUUGGAAAUAUCGUUUUUACAACUAAACUGGUGCCGAGAUAAAGCCUUCAUGAGGUGUGAUUUUAGGAGUUAACUAACAUAACUAAGCAUUAAAAGUUAAAACGUAUCUAAAAUUUUGAGUAGGUACAUCAUGAAAAACAAGAUUGCCUUUUUACCAUUUAGAUGUUAAUGGAAGACAGCUUGAUAUCUGUUAAAAGCUUUGGAUUUAAUAAUCGACACAGCUCAGUGGUAAACAUAAAUACGUGUUGUAAAAUACCCCUUCAGUAAGCAAGUGAUCAAUGAGUCAAUAACUGAACCAGUCCUCGAUUUUCAAAAUAAUAGAACAAAAUGAAUUGUGAUGAACUUUACGGUUUCAUAGAGUUAAACUUAACUAAUGGAUUACGAAAUGAGAUUAAUGAUGAUUAAAAAAAGGUAGACAUCUUUUCGUCAACCUGAAGUUUCAUCCACGUUUUCCACUAUUAAUUUGAGCUAUAAGAUAACUGAGUAAAAAGACAAGAAUGCUGCUCUAUUGGCUAGAGAUUGGUAAAUUCAUUCAAAUAUUUCAAAAACACUUAUUUUAAAUUGUAAGAACAAUAUAGGAAAAAGUGGAACAAAACAGCUAAAUCUACUAACCACUACUUUUGUUUAAAAUCCUUAAUAAAAAAAAAUGUAAACUCUUAAACACCAUUACAAUAAAAAUGUCAACUCUAAGCUACUUUGUGCUACGAAAUAAUUAUGAAAAAAAUAAACAACAAUAAUCUGGUACUUACACUCUGAUUAACCGAUUUACUACUGGAACUGGAACUUCGAGACAGCUCAUACAGCGAUGGACAGUGUCGCCCGAAAGCACAACACAGCAUAGCAGCCGUUUGGAUGUCGAAAAUUUUGGCAAAGUGACUGAUUCUGGAAAAGAUGGAAUGAUUGCAGUUAGUUUGGUUUUAUUUAGGAAUAAUACCAUAAAAAAUCCUUACAAAGACUCCAGCAAACUUUUGGCGAAUGGAUUUUGGGAACACAUCAUAUCGUCAUCGGUUUCGAAGUCGGUACCGGGUUGGGCAAUCAUCUCCGCCAGGGACCAACACUGGACCAGAUCCGGGCGCCCCGUUUUCUCAGCCACUUCUCUGUUGUGCCGACACAUUCCGGCCAGAUUUGUGGUAUUGAUGAUGUAGUUUUCCGCCAGCUCCUUGCUCACGUACAGGAUU